UUCCUCAGUAGGUGGGUCUUCGCUGCGGGCAACAGAACCGAGAUCAAUGAACCAGGCGAUUUACCGAAACUGGUCAGACAAGCCAAGGUGGAAAUAAACCAUCUUAUCAAGAGCGAGGUUUUUAUUUAGCAGAAAUCUUAAUCUGCCCAAAGCACGGAUUAUCACUUCACUCCGAAGCCAACAUUGAAGUGUGCGAUGUGGAAAAUUUACAGCUCUCUACUGUAAUCUAAUAUCAACUGAUUUUGAGAGCAGAUUUUUUAAUUCAUCGUUGGGUCGCAUAACACAGAGGAAUACAGGAUGAUCUUCGCAAAUACGGCCAACCCAAUGAGAACUCCGUCAUAUCGAAAGCAGCCUCCUGUUGCUCCGCCCACCCUUCCGAUGGCCCCGCCCAGCCCGAGCACCAAUAGCAGCACCAACAACAGCAGUAGCAGCAGCAGCACGACCGGCUGGGAGCAACUCAGCAAAACAAACCUCUACAUCCGUGGGUUACCGCCGGGAACCACCGAUCACGACCUGGUCAAGCUCUGCCAGCCAUAUGGUAAAAUCGUGUCCACCAAAGCCAUUCUUGACAAGACUACAAACAAAUGCAAAGGGUAUGGGUUUGUGGAUUUUGACAGUCCUGUAUCUGCACAAAAAGCCGUCGCAGCACUAAAGACCAACGGAGUUCAGGCUCAAAUGGCCAAGCAACAGGAGCAGGACCCGACUAACCUGUACCUGUCCAACCUGCCCGUGUCCAUGGAUGAGCAGGAGCUGGAGAACCUCCUCAAACCUUUUGGACAGGUCGUCUCCACCCGAAUCCUCCGUGACAGUAACGGAGUGAGUCGGGGAGUGGGUUUUGCCAGGAUGGAAUCAACAGAGAAGUGCGACGCCGUGAUCUCUCACUUCAAUGGGAAGUUCAUUAAGUCCUCCUCUGGGAUGCUGGGUGCAUCAGAACCUUUGUUGUGUAAGUUUGCUGACGGCGGGCAGAAGAAGAGACAGAGUCAGGCUAAAUACGUCCCCAAUGGACGAACCUGGACACGAGACGCCGAGGUGAGACUAAGUGGAAUGACCUUGACAUAUGACCCUAACACCGCCCUUCAGAAUGGGUACUAUGCUGCUCCUUAUGCCAUGGGGAACCGGUUAAUGGCUCAGCCAGGAGUGUCUCCAUACAUGUCUCCCAUCUCUACUUACCAAGUACAGAAUCCUUCAUGGAUGCCACAUCAUCCUUACAUCAUGCAACACCCGGGAGCCGUUCUGUCGCCCUCUAUGGAGCAUCCCAUGUCACUGCAGCCGUCCGCUAUGUUGGCUCCCCUCACCCAGCAGAUGGGCCAUCUCUCUCUGGGCGGCACUGCAACCUUUAUUCCUGCCAACACAGCAAUGCCAGGAGCUUACAUCCCUCAAUAUGCCCACAUUCAGCCCUCUGCCAUCCCUCCUGAGGAAAGUGGUGUACAGCCACAAGAUGUGUCCUCUUCAGAUCCUUCGUCGUACCCUUUCCAACCAAACAAGCAAUAAAACGGUUUACCGUCUGAGGUCAGAAACAGAUACGUUCUGCUGAGUGUUAAUACCGUAACAAAGUUUGCUUUCUUUUAGAGGAAGUGACAUCAGAAAGGAAGUGACCCGCAUGCACGGGUUGCAGGAAAUUUGUCCAUGAUUUAAUCAUCAACAAGAAACCUCAGAAAACUCUUGUGCAAACAUUUUCUCCAACAAACCACGACAAGGCAAUAUUACACCAACUAUGGACGACGGAAGGGAGCAGAGUUUUAUUUUGCUAGAAAGAGGAAGGAGAAGAUGACAAAUGCUUAUUUUUUACCAAGAACUAUUAACACAGACCAUGUCUGUGAUGAUGAUGAUGGUGAUGACACCUUUCGAUGCAUGAUGUUUUUUUAAGUAUGGUUUUUAUUACGUUUUUAUGGACUGUUUCUCAAACAGACAAAAGAAACCAUUUUUUUGCGGUUGGAGUCGAAAUGAAGAGCUUUCUGUUUGCUUAUUUGGUCUUCCACUUUGCCUUUUUAGUAGUUCAAAUAUUUACCUUUUAAAUAAGGUGGGUGGGGUUUAGAAUGGCUGAUGCAAUGCUUGCUGGCUAUUGGUCCUUGCUCCUGCCUCUCAAAGCAAAGGCUUUUCUGUUUGACUUUAAAUGUCACUCUGAAUCAAACACGUUUGUUGAUCGUGCGUCUGUCGUGGAUGAAUCUUCUUUCCACUGAAUCCGUGUGUACAGUCUUUCUGUAGAUGUAGAAGUGUAGAAGUGGAUGUCGAGAUGCGGGUGGGUGGGAUUUAGUGGUAUGAGUGGGUGGGGUCAAGCUAGAUGAGGUAUGUGGGUGGGGCUAAUAAAAGGGAUAUUGUGGAUUUGGGAAAGCUUACAUUGUUCCUUCUGUUCACAGGAUGAUUGCGAUUUUAUUUACAGUGCCAUUUUUAAUUUAUUUGACCUUUUUUCUCUUUUUUUUUAACACACUUCAGGAUUUUGUUUGAUGCUCAGAAAAAAAGGCAGAAGUGCAAUGUUUCUUUAGGUAGAAAGCAAGAAAUUUGACAAAUGUAAAUCGAUUAUAGAAAAAAAAAUAUCAGUAAUGCCAUUCGUUAUGUAAAUUAAACCUACAUUUGUGGCCUAACAGAUACAUUUAUAGACACACAAUAGCACAGUUUUGCAAAACUACGUUCCAAAAGAGAAACUCCACAAAGUUUCUGAAUAAAUAAUGUAAUUAAAACAUUCGUCCUUGCAAUUUAAUAAAUAAACAAACAUGCAACUUCAAGGCAACUACGACACUUUCCACCAAAGACCUUUUCUGCCUACUGUUGAACACAAUAGUAUGGACUACUGCAGUGGGUUUUGGUCAAAUUGAAUUGUAGUUUGUGUCUUUUUUUCCUCAAUCUUGGCUCUCGGCUUUAAUCUGGUUCGUAAGUGUGGACACAUGAACAUCUCUAAGCAGCUGGACGGAGGGAAGACUUGAUCACAGGUUCAUAACGCGGUUGUAAACAAGCUUUUCAUCUGUCUGUCAUACAGUUAGUUAAGCAGAUUUCUGUGUGUCUGUGUGUGAUUGUGUAUUUAGAUGUCCAGGUCAGCUUGGCCUUUGAUCUACCUCAGAGUUGUAUCUGUUGUCUGAUUGGUUGGGCUGCAGGUCUUUCCUGUCCAAUCAGAUGUAAAAUCGCUAGCUCAGGAGCUGGUGUCAUGCAAAACUUCAUCUUUAAUGCGUCUAUUUGUCCUCCUCUUUAAAGAAACUUCUAUGUUUUGUAUUGGUAUGUCUUUCUUUUGGUGUUUUUUUUUUUUGUUUGUUUUUGUUUACAUUGCAUUGUGAUGUUUUGAGCUUGACUGUGUGGAGAAUUUCUUUAUGGUCUUCUUUUUUGUCCAUUUUCUUCCUGAUAGGUGCAGCAAAAAAAAAAAAAAAAAGGAGAGGCUUGUGUAAUUUUUCCUGCAUUUGUUUGGUCUUUUUACAAAAAUCCACAUAAACUACCUUCUCUGGAAAUUUUUGCAGUUUGCUGUAGCCUCUCCGUUUUUAGAGGUCUAAUCUGAAGAACCAAAGUGAAAUACUAUCGUAGUGACUAACGUGUCAAAAAGCAGCACAUCAUAGUUUCAUUGGAGAAAUACAGUGUCUUUAUUUCAGAUGUCAAAAUAAAGGUUUCCAAACAGCAAUCAUUCACGCAGUGUAUAAACAUAGGACUGUUGUUGAAAUACUGAAUUUUUCAAAUUGUUUUAUUGAACACCUGCCACUUGCACGUCCAGAAUUUGUUUGUUUUUAUUUCUAUUUUUUUUCUCUUGUGAAAAGAUUUUUUUAAUUAAAAGAGCUUAAAUUUG